AUGGAAGACAUCUUCGCCCGCUUCAAAGCCCUCCCCCGCCCAACCAAAACCUACCACACAACCACCUAUCCCAGCAUCUCGCCCACCCGUCCAGAGCUCAGUCUAGCAGGGAAAACCGUCCUCAUCACGGGAGGCUCGGAGGGCAUCGGCCUCGAAACCGCCCACGCCUUCGCCCAAGCCGGCGCCUCGACCAUCGCCCUCCUUGCCCGCCGGCAGGAACGCCUCGACGCCGCAAAAUCCGCCCUGCAAACAGCCUUCCCAUCAACGAAAAUCCUCACCUUCGCCGCCUCCAUAACCGACACCCCCCGUCUAGAAGCCCUCGUCAAAGACCUCGCCACCAUCGACAUCCUCCACCUCAACGCCGCCCAAGUAACCCCCGGCUUCACCCUCUCCUCCCCAGCAGAGAGCCUGACAGACUCCUUCGCCGUGAACGUCUUCGGUCCCAUCGCCCUCAUAAAAGCCUUCCUCGCCCUCCCGCCGCGUUCCCCCGACGCCGAGCGCACGAUCCUCCACACGACGACGUCCGGGAUCCAGCUCACCGUCCCCGGGAUGGGGUUGUAUAAUGCGAGCAAGAUGGCCAUGACGAGUUUGGUGCAUCAUCUCCAUGAGGAGGCGCAGGUUCAGGGUCAGAAGGUGCGGGUUUUUACGUUUCAUCCGGCGUUUGGGUUUACGCCGGGGGCGAGGGAUGUUUUGGGGUUGAGGGAGGGGCAGUUUGAUUAUGAUGAUUUGACUCUCCCAGCACACUACGCCGUGUGGCUCUGUAGUCCCGAGGCGGACUUCUUGAGGGGCAGGUAUACGUGGGCGCAUUGGGAUGUCGAGGAGAUGAAGGAGAAGCGGGAGGAGAUUUUGAGGGGGAGCGAGGAGUUGAAGGUGGGUGUUGUUGUUGACUCUGUCAAGGCUUGA